UCCCGUUCGGAGUGGUAGGAGCCGAGGUUGGAAAGGCUGCGCAUGAGCGCGCGGCAGAGCGACCAGACGGACGUUGAGAGAACGAGGAGGAACAAGCGAGAAAAUGGCGUCGACGGACUAUAGUACCUAUAGCCAAGCUGCAGCCCAGCAAGGCUACAGUGCUUAUGCAGCUCAGCCAGCUCAAGGAUAUGCACAGACGACCCAGCAGGCCUAUGGGCAACAGAGUUAUGGAACUUAUGGACAACCCACUGAUGUCAGCUACACACAGGCUCAGACAACUGCAACAUAUGGGCAAACUGCAUAUGCAACUUCAUAUGGGCAGCCUCCAACGGUAGAAGGGACCAGUACAGGUUAUACCACCCCAACUGCCCCCCCAGCUUAUAGUCAGCCCGUCCAGGGGUACGGCACAGCAGCCUACGAUACCACCACACCCACAGUUACUACCACUCAGGCUUCUUAUGCAGCACAGUCCGCUUAUGGCACCCAGCCUGCCUACCCAACCUAUGGGCAGCAGCCUGCAACAUCUGCACCUGCAAGACCCCAGGAUAGCAGCAAGCCAGCGGAGACUAGCCAGCCUCAGUCAAGUACCACAGGUUACAGCCAGCCGAGCUUAGGAUAUGGACAAAGUAACUACAGUUAUCCUCAGGUGCCUGGAAGUUACCCUAUGCAGCCUGUCACUGCUCCUCCAUCCUAUCCUCCAACGAGCUAUUCUUCUACACAGCCAAGUAGUUAUGAUCAGAGCAGUUAUUCUCAGCAAAGCACCUAUGGGCAGCCAAGUACCUAUGGACAACAGACUAGCUAUGGCCAGCAAAGCAGCUAUGGCCAGCAGCCACCUACUAGUUAUCCUCCCCCGACUGGAUCCUACAGCCAGGCCCCAAGCCAGUACAGCCAGCAGAGCAGCAGUUACAGCCAGCAGAGUUCAUUUCGUCAGGACCAUACCAGCAACAUGGGUGGAUAUGGACAGGAAUCUGGAGGCUUUUCUGGCCCAGGAGAAAGUCGGAGCAUGAGUGGCCCUGAUAACCGGGGAAGAGGAAGAGGAGGAUUUGAUCGUGGAGGCAUGAGCAGAGGUGGGCGGGGAGGAGGACGCGGAGGAAUGGGCAGCGCUGGAGAGCGAGGUGGCUUCAAUAAGCCUGGUGGACCCAUGGAAGAAGGACCAGAUCUUGAUUUAGGCCCACCCGUAGACCCAGAUGACGACUCAGACAACAGUUCAGUUUAUGUACAGGGACUGAGUGACAAUGUGACCCUGGAGGAGCUGGCAGACUUCUUCAAACAAUGUGGUGUUGUCAAGAUGAACAAGAGGACUGGGCAACCUAUGAUAAACUUCUAUCUUGACAAAGAAACUGGAAAGCCAAAAGGAGAUGCCACAGUGUUCUAUGAUGACCCAUCAACUGCCAAAGCAGCAGUAGAGUGGUUUGAUGGAAAAGAUUUCCAGGGGAGCAAACUCAAAGUUUCUCUCACUCGGAAGAAGGCGCCAAUGAACAGCAUGAGGGGUGGGAUGCCCCCACGUGAAUCACGUGGAUUGCCUCCCCCGCUGCGUGGAGGCCCAGGGGGUCCUGGUGGUUCUGGUGGUCCAAUGGGUCGUAUGGGAGGCAGAGGUGGAGACAGGGGAGGCUUCCCCCCAAGAGGACCACGGGGUUCUAGAGGAAACCCUUCUGGAGGGAAUGUCCAGCACCGAGCUGGAGACUGGCAAUGCCCCAACCCGGGAUGUGGAAACCAGAACUUUGCCUGGCGAACAGAGUGUAAUCAAUGCAAGGCUCCUAAACCAGAAGGCUUUCUUCCACCUCCCUUCCCACCUCCAGGUGGAGAUCGUGGCAGAGGUGGCCCUGGUGGCAUGAGAGGAGGCAGAGGAGGCCUCAUGGAUCGUGGCGGCCCUGGUGGAAUGUUCAGAGGUGGACGAGGUGGAGACAGAGGCGGAUUCAGAGGAGGCCGGGGUAUGGAUCGAGGUGGAUUUGGAGGAGGAAGACGAGGAGGACCUGGGGGCCCACCUGGGCCUCUCAUGGAACAAAUGGGAGGCAGAGGCGGCAGGCGUGGAGGACCAGGAAAAAUGGACAAGGGUGAACAUCGUCAGGAACGGAGAGACCGGCCCUACUAGAGGCAGAAACCUGCAGAGCUGCAUUUACUACCAGAUUUAUUUUUUAAACCAGAAAAUGUUUUAAAUUUAUAAUUCCAUAUUUAUAAUGUUGGCCACAACAUUAUGAUUAUUCCUUGUCUGUACUUUAGUAUUUUUCACCAUUUGUGGAGAAACAUUAAAACCAAGUUAAAUGGUAGUGUGCUGAGUUAUUUUUUUCCUUUUAAACAAAAUGGUUGUUUAACUAAAAUUAAACCAAUGAGAAAACAUUGUUGUGAGCAUGCUCAGUAUCAUUGUUUGCAAAACCAGGAGGAGAACUAACUGUAACAAUGUUAAUGGUUGUGAUGUUUUUUUAAAAUAAAAUUCCAAAUGUUUAUAAACUUAAUACUUCUCAGCCUCUAUGCGACAGCACGCUGAUCAUCUCCACCUAGAGUUGGCAUCGCAACCUCCAGCUCUGUGGGCUCUGCAGAAGAGGCAGUGAGUUUCACUCAUGACUUGUAUGUAUUAUAUGGCUUGUAAUCCUUUAACAUUGAAUGUUGCAUUGUAUGGAGGGUGCAGGGGUUGAAAUCUAUCAUGAACCAAUCCUGAAGUGUAUUUGGCAAGGCAGAGCAGGCACCUUAAUCUUAAACUGUAAAGUGUGGCUUAGUGCAUUCAGAGGGUGGAAUUGAACACACCAUUUCAAAUGAGACGUUGGACUUCAGAAUUGCGUCCUGGCUGUAAAUAAAGACAUAUUGCUGGGUA